AUGGCCUCCGACACCGGGAGCAACAUGGACAGAGAAAUGAUUCUGGCUGACUUUCAGGCAUGCACAGGGAUUGACAACAUUGCAGAGGCAAUCACUCUCCUAGAACUGAACAACUGGGACUUGGUGGCAGCCAUCAACGGCGUGAUUCCACAAGAAAAUGGCAUCUUGCAAAGCAAUUUCACCAGUGAGGGCUCUCAGACUGGCCCUUUUGGAGAUAACAGCCAAGCAGCAGCCACAGCACCCACAGCUCCCCCCUCUAGAGCAGCAUCAUCCUCACCUCCGUCCUCCUCUUCUUCUUCCUCGGCCUUCUGCCCCGUCCUGCCCUCUCGGCACAUUGUGGAGCGACAGCCACGCAUGCUGAACUUCCAUGUAGAGUACCGCACACGUUCAGUAGAAGUGGUGCUGGAGGAUGCUAGCACAGUUGGAGACAUCAAACAGAUACUGGAGACAGAGCUUCAGGUGCCUGUGUCUAAAAUGCAGUUAAAAGGCUGGAAGAGUGGCGAUGUUUCGGACAGUACGGUGCUGCGGAGUUUACAUCUGCCCAAAAACAACAGCCUGUAUGUGCUGACCCCAGACAUCGCCCCGUCUGCCACCACCAGCCAGAGCAGCGUCCAGCAGGAGUCGUUAAAUCAGAACUACCUGCUGAUCAUCAGCCACCGGGAAGCGCAGAGAGAGUACAGCCUCAACUUUCCUGCCACUAGAACCAUCCAGGAGGUGAAGAGGAACAUUUCAGACUUGACAAACAUCCCAGUACGGCAUCAACAGUGGGAUGGCUGGCCUGCCUCAGCCUCAGAUGACUCAAUGACGCUGGCCUCCUCUGGGAUUAGCUUCCCAUGCCAUCAUCUGAGCGUAUGCAGGAGAUCUUCCCCAGCCACUGCUCUGGAGCCGACCGAAGAGUGCACAGAUGUCCACAUGGUCAGCGACAGUGAAGGUGAUGACUUUGAGGAUGCAUCUGAAUUUGGAGUUGACGAGUCUGAAAUCUUUGGCAUGGGAAGCUCGAGUUGUCGAAAAUCACCAAUGAUGCCAGAGAACAGUGAAAAUGAGGGUGAUGCCUUACUGCACUUUACUGCCGAGUUCUCAUCAAGAUAUGGAGAUUGCCAUCCAGUCUUCUUUAUCGGUUCCUUGGAGGCAGCAUCUCAAGAGGCCUUUUAUGGCAAAGCCAGAGACAGAAAACUGCUGGCCAUCUACCUCCAUAAUGACGAUAGUGUUCUCAGCAACGUCUUCUGCUCCCAGAUGAUGUGCGCAGAGUCCAUAGUCUCAUAUCUCAGCCAGAACUUCAUCACAUGGGCCUGGGACGUCACUAAAGAAGCUAACAAAGCCAGACUACUCACUAUGUGUACGAGGCACUUUGGAAGUGUCGUUGCACAGACCAUACGGACGUACAAAACUGACCAGUUCCCAUUGCUACUGAUCGUCAUGGGCAAACGGACAUCAAACGAAGUUUUAAAUGUUAUACAAGGUAACACAACAGUGGACGAGCUGAUGAUGAGACUGAUGGGAGCAAUGGAGAUCUUCACAGCUCAGCAGCAGGAGGACAUCAGAGAUGAGGAUGAGCGUGAGGCCAGAGAAAUGGUGAAGAGAGAACAGGAUGAAGCGUAUCGCUUGUCUUUAGAGGCUGAUCGCAAAAAGAGAGAAGCACAAGAGCGGGAAGAGGCAGAACAAGUACGUCAGGAACGAAUCAGAAAAGAGCAAGAAGAGGAACGAGAGGCUAUCCGCCUUUCAUUGGAGCAGGCCUUGCCCCCAGAGCCCAACGAGGAAGAAGGAGAGCCAAUCAGUAAGCUACGUAUCCGGACGCCCAGCGGAGAGUUCCUGGAGAGGCGUUUCCUGGGCAGCUGCAAGCUGCAGGUUCUCUUCGACUUUGUGGCCUCCAAAGGCUAUCCAUCAGAUGAAUUUAAACUGCUUACCACCUUCCCCCGCAGAAAUAUAACACAGCUUGACCCGGCGUGGACACUGUUGGAAGCCAAGCUCUUCCCUCAGGAGACUCUGUUCCUGGAGGCCAAAGAGUAGAACUGACUCUGCACUUGGACAAAUCACAUAAACAGUGACGAUCUUUAGCAUGGUGUCCACAGAGAACAGACACACACACACACACACACACACACACACACACACACACGGAGUACAUGAUUACUGAGUGUACGUUAUAUGCACACUGAAGCUUUCACAAGCACAGAGAUACAGAAACACACACACACAACUGCAGUGUCAUGUUUUUUCUCCACCCACUGGUAAGAUAACGGAAAAUAGAAAAAAGAAAAAAAACAGCAGUGAGGAGACCUAUAGCGACAUCACAGAUGAGAUGUUCCACUUCGGCUGCUUUUUAGACCUGAUUUUGUGUUGACAUGAAACAAAAAAGCAUAAAAAUGACCAAAAAAAGAACAAAAAGAUGAAAAAUGAAAAGCAAAGAGACAUUUCCUGGAGAACGCUGGACUAUCUCCUCUCUCUCGCUCCAUUGGAUCCCUUGCUCUUUGGCCACGUCCCUAUGGAGUGCCAGCUGCCCUCUUAUUCCAUCCCCUCUCCUCCAUACAGAUGAUCAGACCUGGUUUUAAUCUCAACUGCUCGAUAAACAACAGGUCCCUUCUGGUCAGGUUUUUCUCUUUUUUUGCCCCUUUGUCCCUUUUUAAGUUUGAUGCUGUAUUAGUUUUAGUUUGAUACAUUAUAUAAAAUAUAUAUGAACCUG